UUUCUGAGCCGAUUUAUUGGUGAUUGGGUAUCUUGUCACAUUACACACGUGAAGGUUAAACUGCCGCUCCGUCUCGAUAUAAACCCCGCCCUUCGCCAGCCCCGAUUGGUCGAAAAGCAAAGACUAAACCAGGAAACAAAGGCUCUUGCUCAAAUUUUACUGGUUGCUCAGGAUGUCAAUCUUAGCCUGUAAAGGUUACAUUUCCUAGGUCAAUUCGUCUCUUAAAGGCACCAACGGUUAAUUCCUGCAUCUUUCAUUUUCCCACAAACAGUUUCUUCGUUUCUUAUGGCUUUUGUCCUGUGAAAAUCUUUCUUUUUAUUCUCAUGGUUUUGGUUCUCUUUUGUCCAAUAAAAACUGUAUGGAUAUAGAUAGCUCUGUGUUACCUGUGUAGGUGUCUUUGCUUCGUUUUGAAUUAUGCUUUUUUUUCUCAGUAAAGUACUACAUUAGAUUAACAGCAGACUACGGUCCAAUCCCUCCUUUAUCUCUAUUUCGGUCCCACUCCCCCGUACAACUCGCCUUUUUUAUUCUCUUCCAUAAAACGCGACGGCUAUAGCAAGCGUCAGACCGCUGAGUUGCCGUGGCAACAACUUCCCACCUCCGUUCAGCCUGCGUGGGCACGUCACGUAUCAGCGCGUCAACGUGCUGUCGUAAGCGGAAGCGAAUGUGUGCUCCGUUGCCGCUGUGCCGCAGCCUGGAGAGAGAUUUGUGCACGACACCGGGUGCGACGGGGAGGAGGAGGGGGGGGUCGAGAUCGGGACUAGAGAGAGACUGUGUGAAAAGAAGGUAAAAACCCCGUAGAGACAUGGCCGCGGACGGAGCCGGGCAGCUGGGGAAGCCGGUCGGUGCCUCGGACAACGAUGUUGGCGCGACUACAGCAGGCGUUGCGGGGGCUGGAGGGGUGCCUGAGCCAGCGGACGAGCUGGUCCGCUCCGUGUCCCUCUACCGCCGACGGCCUCGGUUCCUGCACGGCACGGUGCUGCCGUUCUUCGGGCUGCUGUACCCGGCGUGGCUUUACCUGUGGCUCGCCGUGUACGGCGCCGCCGACUACCCGGAGGCCGGCCUCAUCGCGCUCGCCGCCAUCGGGAUUGCGCACGUCCUCACCGUGCUGUCAGGGCACUGGUCCGUGCACGCGCACUGCUGGCUCACCUGCGCCACGGAGCCAGACCCAACCAAGGCCACCCUAGCGAAGGUUGUCCCCAUGCCCAACAAUGGCUCACCGGAGCUGGUGCCCCUGCAGAGAGACGCGGACGAGGACGGCCGGGAGGUGAUCUCGUUCGAGUUCCAGAAGAUCCGCUACGUGUUCGCGGGCGGGGAGAAGAAGCGCUUCGCGCCCGUGGCGUUCCCCACCAGCCAGCCGCUGGGUUUCUUCCAGAACUGGAAGGGCUACCAGGAGGAGACCGAGCUGCGCGCCGCCGAGAAGAGAUUCGGCUCCAACAGGGCAGAGAUGGUGGUGCCAGAAUUCCUGGAGCUCUUCAAGGAGAGGGCCACUGCACCCUUCUUCGUCUUCCAGGUGUUCUGCGUGGGGCUGUGGUGUCUGGAUGAAUAUUGGUAUUACAGCGUCUUCACGUUGUUCAUGCUGGUGGCUUUCGAGGCCUCUCUGGUUCAGCAGCAGAUGAGGAACAUGUCUGAGAUCCGCAGGAUGGGGAACAAGCCAUACAUGAUCCAGGUGUACAGGAACAGGAAAUGGAGGCCGGUGUCCAGCGAUGAACUUGUACCUGGGGACGUUGUCUCCAUAGGCCGCUCUCCCCAGGAGAACCUGGUCCCCUGCGACGUGCUUCUCCUCAGAGGGCGCUGUAUAGUGGACGAGGCCAUGCUGACCGGGGAGUCUGUACCUCAGAUGAAGGAACCAGUUGAGGACCUGGACCCAUCCCGAGUCCUGGACCUGCAGACUGACUCCCGACUCCACGUCAUUUCGGGCGGAACCAAGGUGGUUCAGCACAGCCCACCCCACCGGGCCUCGGCCGGGCUCAAACCUGUGGACAAUGGCUGUGUGGCGUACGUGCUGAGGACCGGCUUCUACACCUCUCAGGGGAAGUUGCUGCGGACGAUCCUGUUUGGGGUGAAGAGAGUGACAGCCAAUAACCUGGAGACCUUCAUCUUCAUCUUGUUCCUGCUCAUCUUCGCCAUCGCUGCCGCCUCUUAUGUCUGGGUGGAAGGUACGAAGGACACCAGCAGGAACAGGUACAAGUUGUUUCUGGAGUGCACACUGAUCCUCACCUCCGUGGUGCCGCCCGAACUGCCCAUCGAGCUGUCGCUGGCUGUCAACACCUCCCUCAUCGCCCUGGCCAAGCUCUGUGAGUCCGGGUCUCCUGUCUGCCUCUGGCUGUGUCUCACUGUCUCUUUCAUUUGCCAGUAUGUGCCUUUCUGUUGCUCAGUGGCAGCUCCCUGCCUCGGCCCCUCUGAACCUGCGGUCUCUGAGUCUCUGCGAUCUGUCUGUGUGUGAGACAGGGAGGGGAAGGAGCUGACGCCCGUGUCGGAGAUCCCCGUGGAAACGCAUCGUGUCGUGGCGACCUGCCACUCCCUGGUCACCAUGGAUGACGGGCAGCUGGUUGGAGACCCUCUGGAAAAGGCCAUGCUGACCGCAGCUGACUGGAGCCUGACCAAAGGUACUGCUCUGAAGAGGAUGUCUGUUUUGGCCUCGUAUGAGCGACAGGGCUCCAGUGAACUCUGCUACGUCUCCACUGUGAAAGGGGCACCAGAGACACUGCGCAGCAUGUUCUCUCAGUGCCCAGACAGCUAUGACGAGGUCCACAGGGAAAUGUCGAGGGAGGGGGCACGUGUUCUGGCACUGGGCUACAAGGAGAUGGGGCACCUCACCCACCAACAGGUGCGUGAGGUGAUGCGGGAGACCUUGGAGUGCUCCCUGCAGUUCGUGGGCUUCAUGGUCGUUUCCUGCCCCCUGAAGAGCGAUUCCAAGGCUGUGAUCCGAGAGAUUCAGAACGCCUCUCAUCACGUGGUGAUGAUCACAGGUGAUAACCCCCUGACAGCGUGCCAUGUGGCGAGAGAGCUGCACUUCAUCCAGAGGGAGCACACCCUUAUCCUGCAGCAGACGCGGUGCUCCGGUGCGCAGUGGCAGUGGGUGUCCAUAGAUGGCAGUGUGUCCCUGCAACUCUACCCAACCUCCAUGCACACCCUGGUCACUCAGUACGACCUCUGUGUGACGGGGGAGGGGCUGUCCAGGCUGACCCUCGAACCCCAGCUGCUGAACAUCCUGCUGCCCCACAUCCGUGUCUUUGCCAGAGUCAGCCCCAAACAGAAGGAGUGCGUGAUCACCAGUCUGAAGGGGCUGGGCUUCAUCACGCUCAUGUGUGGCGAUGGGACCAAUGACGUGGGAGCGCUGAAACACGCCCACAUCGGUGUGGCUCUCCUGGCGAACGCUCCGGAGAGGAUGCCGGAGCGCCGGAAGAGAGGCCGGGAGGACAGGGAGCCCCGCCCCAGCGGCGAGCUGCGCGCCCCCCCCCUCUCGGGCAGCGGGGGGGCCAAGCUGAGCUCGCGGGGGGCGCGGCAGAGGGUGCUGGCGCAGAGGGAGGAGCAGCUGGCCGCACAGAAGGAGCGGAUCAGCCAGGUGCUCAGGGAGCUGGAGGAGGACCAGGUCCAGGUGGUCAAACUGGGAGACGCCUCUAUUGCUGCCCCUUUCACCUCCAAACUGUCCUCCAUACAGUGCAUCUGCCAUGUGAUCAAGCAGGGGCGCUGCACGCUGGUCACCACUCUGCAGAUGUUCAAGAUCCUGGCCCUGAAUGCGCUGGUGCUGGCCUACAGCCAGAGCGUGCUGUACCUGGAGGGAGUCAAGUUCAGCGACUUCCAGGCCACCCUUCAGGGCCUGUUGCUGGCCGGCUGCUUCCUCUUCAUCUCUCGCUCCAAGCCACUGAAGAGCCUGUCGAAAGAGCGCCCCCUGCCCAACAUCUUCAACCUGUACACUGUGCUGACAGUGCUGCUGCAGUUCCUGGUGCACUUCUGCAGCCUGGUGUACCUGUACAGAGGAGCGCAGGUCCGCAGCCCUCCCAGGCAGGAGCAGUUUGUGGAUCUGUACAAGGAGUUCGAGCCCAGCCUGGUCAACAGCACGGUCUACAUCAUGUCCAUGGCCAUGCAGAUGGCCACCUUCGCCAUUAAUUACAAGGGUCAUCCCUUCAUGGAGUCUCUGUCAGAGAACAGGCCGCUACUGUGGAGUCUGGUACUGUCUGGCCUGGCUAUCGCAGGGCUGCUGUCCGGCUCCUCUCCCGAGUUCAAUGAGCAGUUUGCGCUGGUGGACAUUCCAACUGAGUUCAAGCUGGUGAUAGCCCAGGUCCUAGUACUGGAUUUUGUCGCCGCCCUGCUGGUGGACAGAAUACUGCAGUUCCUGCUGGGCAAGGGGGCAUUGAGGAUGCCUUGCUGAGCAAUGCCUGGCAGCCAUGCAGCGGGGCCUGCAGGGACCUGGCCCGGAGCAGAGGGGGGCAGCAUGAGGAGGUGGUGGCGUCCAACUUCAAGCAGCAGUCUUGAGACGGACCUGUUAACUGACUGCCUGCCCUCUGCCGCGCCUGUCCCCGUGUCCCUUCUGUGACACAAACCCUCUCCCAUCCCUUCUUCUUCCUCAGUCUCCGCCAUCUCUCCCUCUCCCGUCUCCUCUCCCAUCUCUCCCUCUCCCG